AUGACAAACAGAGUUGCUGUCUUGCUGGCACUUGUAGGGCUUAUAAGCUUUGCCAGUGCCUCUUUGAUAAAUGUGCAAUCAUUGGCUCAGAUUGACGUAGAGUCUUACGGAUGUGACAAGUCAAAGCUGUAUGAUGCCGAAGAAGGUCUCCAGAAACUUGGUGAGGCCCUCGCUUUUGCUUAGACAGGAAAAUUAGAUCAAGACAUCAAGGAAUUGAGAGAAUUGUAAAUGUUAGCAAAGAAGGGAAUGGAAGAACAAGUGCAGGUCUCAUUUGUUUAAGUUCACAAUCUUCAAUACCUUUACAUGUUAAAACAUAAAUUUGACUCCUUGGCACUUAUCGAAAUGCCAAACACAUUCGCUCGUCCUCAUAUUGAUGGAAUGAAAUCAUAGAUUAACUUAGUUUUGGCAGCUACCGACACUCAAACCAGAAAAGCCUGUUGUGAGAUGUUGUUCAAAAUGAUCGAAGUCUUACUUUUAGAUCUCCUCGAAUUAGAAGAAGAAUGCUAGAAACCUAUCACAAUAAAUAUUGAGGGAGAAAUCAGAAAAAUUUAAAUUAUCAGAGGACACUGUGAUAAUACACCUACUCCAGAAAGACCAAUAAUCCCUCCUGUUGAUCCUAAACCAAUCGAACCCUAACCCAAAACUCCUAUCAUAAUCAUCCCUCCAAAACCCAGGGAUCCAACUCCAAAACCCAAAGAUCCAACUACAUAACCUCCUAAACCAAAGGAUCCAACACCCAAGCCAGGAGAUCCAACACCUAAACCAAAGGAUCCAACACCAAAGCCAGGAGAUCCAACUAAACCUAAGGAUCCAACACCUAAACCAAAGGAUCCAACACCAAAACCAGGAGAUCCAACUAAACCUAAGGAUCCAACUCCUAAGCCAAGAGACCCAACAGCUAAGCCACCUCCUAAACCAAAAACUCCAAGUCCUACACCUUAAGUUGUCAUUGAUUGUGUGAAAGGAGCUAAUGUUGUUGGUGAUAUGAGUGCAAGUUAAGAUUAAGCUGUGGCUGAUUCAGUGAUCGAAGGCAAAGACCUUGCUGGAGCCACCGAUUAUGGUUAUGGUUUCUGGUUGAGAUGGUUGAGCAGAUAUCCAGAUGAAUUGAUCUCAGGAAGAACAAAGAAUACAUAUUACUUUGUAUCCAGAUUGACAACCAAUCAAAAAUUCAAUGAUGCAGAAAUGGGAGAUAGAGUUCUAGCCAUCUGGCAUUAUGACACAGCCUUCCAUUUCACAACAUUAGACAAAGCAUCUCGUAAUCCAAAUGUAAAUCAAAACGUCCCAACUGGAGACAUUGAAGGAUUAUGGAGUUAUGUCUACUACUCAUAUAGUGGAAGAUUAAAGAAGGCCGUUGGUUUAUUGAAAUUCGGAGCUAGUGGAAAGGUACAAUAAGUCUCAUUAGAUGUCACUCACGAUAUCCCAACAUAUCUGAGAUUAAUUGUAGGAGGUAGAUAGUUUAGUUAUCCUGGAUUCAAUGGGUAAUUCACUAAUCCAGUCUUCAAGAUUGGUGAAGGAUCUUAUGUUAAUUCCGAAUUAGAAUUAUUCGAUUACAAUCUUAAAUGCAAUCCUUAUCCAAAAUUAGAUUGUACCGACAGAGCUAAGCAAACCUUAAUCCACAAGGCUGUUAGAUACAGUGUGUAAACUGCAAAAGUACAAACAGUCAAAACUAGUCUCGAAACACCAUUCCCUGAAGAAUACUCAGUUAGUGGUUGGUUCAAAUGGAAGUAAGUAGAGAAUCAAGAACCAUGGCAUUUAAUGUUCAGAGUGUUUUCCACAAAGGAGAAUAAUAAUGCAAAGAAUUUGGGAGAUAGAGAUUUGGCUGGUUGGAUUGGUACUGCAAAUGAUGGUAUUGUCUUGUUGUCCACUUAUUCAUAUAAUAACUUAUUUGGAGAAGAAUAGAAUCAAGAAUGGACAUUUGUCUACUUCGGAUAUUCAUUUAAAUAAAAGACUGCUCAUUCAAUCGUUCACUUCAAGGAAGCUAGAGAAGAGAGAACAUUUGAGAAUGUUAACCAUUUCUUGGUCCAAAGACUCUCAAUCAAUUUGGCAAAGGAUGACCAUUAUCCUUCUUGGAAUGGUAUCAUCGGCAAAUUCAGAAUCGAUUUGUGUAAUGGUGCUUAUGAUCCUAAAUUCCCAAGAACUGCAACACCAGUUCCAAGUCCAUCACCAUUAGGUCCAACUCCACCACCUUCAAAGACUGUUGAACCACCCCCCAAGACUCCAACCAUCAAACCACCUCCUAAACCAGUCAAACCACCCACUCCAGAAGUUGUAGUGUCACCACCUCCUCCCAUCAUUAAAACACCAGAAGUUAUGCAAAAAUGUAUUGAAGGUCAAGCUGCAAUCGGAGAUUCUUCCUCAGCCCCAGAUGUUAAACCAGUUGCUGAUAUCUAAGUACCAGAAGAAGCCUUAAAGGAUGUAACAGAAUAUGGUUAUGGAUUCUGGAGCAGAUGGUUGACUAGACAUCCAGAAUAAUUAUUUGAAGGAAUGAGUGAACCAUGGUAUUUCGUAUCAAGAUUGACAUCAAAUGAUCCAUAUGACAAUAUUAGAAUGGGAGACAGAUUGUUGGCAAUCUUCUUAAGUAAAGAUGGAUACACAUUCAUCACAAAUGAUAAAGGAACUUCUAAUCCAAAUCUCUAUAAGUAAUAACCAUACAAAGACAUUGAAGGUGUUUGGACAUACAUUCAUUUCAGUUUCAGUCCAUUGAAAAAGAAGGCUGUUGCUUUUGUUCAUGCUAACAAAGAAACCUCAUUAAUUGAAUUGGCAGGAAUCACACAUGAAGCUCCAAAGAAAUUAAGAUUCAUCUUGGGAGGUAAUGAUCUCAAACUCUAUCCUGGAUUCAAUGGUUAAUUCACAAGACCAGUAUUGAAGAUCGGUCCAGGUUCAUUCAUUGGUUCUCCUGAAGAUGUUCAAAAGUAUGCCUUAUCAUGCAACCCAUUACCAGAACCAGAUUGCAAGAAGGGAAGAGGAGUCAGCAAUUUGAUUGAAUCAACAAAAGAAUUUAACAAGGGAAGCGAAGUCACUUUGUUUGUUGCUGAUAAUGAAAGACCAUUCCCAGAUAAUUAUGCCGUUGGAGGUUGGUUCUUGUGGACACCAACAGAAUAGGAAGACUGGCAUUUAGCUUUCAGAGUUACAAUUAAUGGAUAAAAACACAACAAGAACGAUUAGUUAUUGGGAGACAGAGAUCUCACAACCUUUUUGAGCAAAUCAGGUAGUUAUCACUUUGCUACCUAUACCUACACUGAUAACUUCGGCAAGGGAAUUCCCAACAAGUACAUUAAUACUGAACAUUAAAACAAACACACUGAAUGGCAUUACAUUUACAUGGCAUAUUCAAGAGUGUAAAAGAGAGUAUUGACUAUUCUAGUAACAAAAGGAGAUAGACAAGUCAAAUACAUCGAUGAAGUCAAUCAUUAUCUUGCUCCAUUGUACAAGAUUUUCUUAGGAAAGGAUCAAUUCUACCCAGCUUAUAAUGGUUAUUUGGCUAAUGUCCAAUUCUUUGCUUGUGAAGGUGCCUAUGAUCCCGAUUACAAACCACCUGGAUAACCAGAAGUUCCUAAGUAACCUGAAGUUCCAGUUAAGCCACCUGAGCCAUAAAAGGAACCAACAUGUUUGAAGGGUGACACAACCAUUGGGGAUAGUGCUUUUGAUUCAUAAAAACCAUUGGUAGAUUUUGUGUUAGACAAACCAGAAUAAUUGUAAGAUGUUAGAGAAUAUGGAUAUCAAUUCUGGAUGAGAUACAUGACUCGUCAUCCUGUACCAAUGUAUCAAGGCAAAAGAGCUCCUUGGUAUUUCGUUGCCAGAUUAUCAGGCAGAAAAGACUUUGAAGAUGUUGGAAAAGGUGAUAGAUUAUUGGCAAUCUAUUAAGGUUAAUCAGAAUAUACAUUUGCUACUAAUGAUCACAAGAAUAACAACUUCAAUACAAUUGCUGGUCGUUUUGAAUUUGGAGAUAUUGAAGCAGUUUGGACCUUUGUUCAAUUCUCAUAUACUUCAGCAGGUAAGGUAGUUUCAUGGAUUUAAUAUGACAACAGUGAACCAAAGACUUUUUCAGUUGCUGUUACACAUGACAAACCUGAAUAUUUGGAAUUUGUAUUAGGAGGUACACAAGGCAGUACUUAUCCAGGAUUCAACGGUCAAUUCACAUCUGUUGUUGUCAAAGUUGGAUAAGGCUCAUUCAUAGAAACAGCCGAAUAAUUCCGUAAGUUUGCCAUCAAUUGCAAUCCUAAACCACUCCCAGUUUGUAAUAAAGCUAAGGAAGUUGUGUUGAUUGAAAAGUCUAAGAGAUUUGAAGCUUAAAGCAGUUGA